UUGUAAUUUCAAUUUUCAACCGACAAUGACCAACGCUGUUACUUUUCUACUACUUCUGCUACUUCUACUUACUUCUGGGUUAUUUACGCCACCAUCUCUCCUUUCAUCAUUCCAUCUCGUUUCAACAUUCCUCCUCUCCUCUGCCCCUCACCUCUCUUCUUCCUCCUCUUCUUCUUCUAUCCUUCUUCCUCUCACAUUAUUGAAUUCAAAAGGAACAGAAGAUACAGAGAGACUGUGAGAGGCAAGCACCAGCAAAACGUAACAUUUCUUCCAUCCUUUCAUGUCCAGCCUAGAACUCUCACUACAGAGACUCUUGGCCGAGGCACAUCCUCGCAAGGAGCGCGACCUCGUCGACGCUGCCCAAGGCGCUAUUGAACGGUUGCAAGCCUAUAAACUUGCUACUGCUUCAUCUGUUCCCAAGCAAAGCACCCAAAGCCAGAAUGAGAACUAUUCAUCAACAGCAUUAACAACAGAACAAAACGAGGAUCAUCCCAUCAAAGCAUCUUCCUCUGUCGAACUUGAUGCUCUGGACGCUGAUGAAUACUGGGCUGUCUUCAAACUUGCUUGCGCGCCUUCUGUCUCCAAUAAAGUCAAAGUUUUGGCCCUCGAUGCCCUCCACAAGCUCAUUGCUCACGGCAAGCUCACCGGAAACGCGCCUUUAAUCCUUCCAUCAGCAACACGUUCUGCACCCGUUCCACCAGCUGCCAUCGGACGUCCAAAAUUUGCAACAUUCAGCGAAAUCAACGACCUCAGCCAUAUUGAUUGUUCCGACCCUACUGACCAUCUCGUCCCCAACUUGCCUGGUGCUAAUACUGUUGGUCCCGAUCAUUACCCAGAUCCACCUCGACUGAUCGAUGAGAUUGUCCAUACAGUUUGCAUGACUUAUCGUGGUCCAGGAUCAGUCGAUGACAAUGUGCAACUUCAAAUCAUCAAGAUCCUACUCACAGUAGUCACCUCCACAACAUGUCAAGUCCAUCACGUCUCGCUUUUAAAAAUUAUUCAGACGGGUUGCAACAUCUUCUGUUGGGCAAAAUCGCCUAUUUUACAGGCCACUGCAAAAGCAGGGCUCACUCAAAUGGUCAAUCUCGUCAUCUCUGCCAUGGAGACCGACGCACAUGCCCUCAGGAAUUUAGAAAAGACUAUGCAAAAACAUUCGGUUGUGGUCCAGCACCAGGCAACAUCAGACGAAGGAACCGAAGUCUCUAUAUCUGUUGCAGAUACUGUGGAUAAUGACUCUAUUGAAUUGCAGGUCGAGGAAGUACAUAUAGAAUUUGAUUCACCAGUGACCACCAUGGUUGAGGACAAAGAGGCCAAGACAGAGAACCAGGAUCAAUUCAGCACCGUUAAUUCUCCCCAUCCUGAGACACCAGACGAGUCAUCGAGUCAGAAUGAUCAAAAUGGUAGGCAGGAUACCCAAGAGAUCAAUAACUCUACAACUCCAAGCGACAUUCCCCUACCUUCUUCUCCCGACUUCAAACGGCCGUCAUCUGCAGCGUCAACGGCAACAGCAGCGACCCCAACCCUAACGGAAAAUACUGUUGCCUCUGCACCCGUUGACCAAAAGUCUAAAGAGCUUACUCCUCACGAAGCUGCCAUUGCUGCGUGCCGCACUUCCAGACAGGACGCUUACCUUACUUUCCGUCUCCUCUGCAAGCUCUCGCUACGAGCUGACAUUACCCCCAACAAUGCGCAACAGGAGGAACUUUCCAUCCGUGGUCGUGCACUUGUGCUGGAGCUCAUUCUUUCCAUGAUGAAUAACUCAGGACCAGUUUUCCAAUCGGACAAUCUGUUUGUCAGCGCUGUACGACAGUACCUCUGUGUUUCGCUUUCUCAGAACGGAGUUUCAGCAAAUGAGACCCUUUUCGAGUUUUCACUCUCACUCUUUUUGACAGUACUCCGCUACUAUCGUGCUCAGCUCAAAGCAGAAGUUGAAGUCUUGUUUAACGAAUUUUAUUUAAAGUUUCUCGACAUGUCCAAUGCUACUAUGAGGCAAAAGGAAAUGGUCCUACAGGGAUUGCACAAGAUUUGCUCUAGUCCUCAAUCGCUUGUUGACAUCUAUCUCAACUUUGACUGUGAUUUCUCGAUGGCCUCUAUAUUUGAACAUAUUGUCAACUCAUUGUCACGCAUUGCUCAAGGUCGUGGAAAAGUCAACGCUUCAGCUACAGUUGGAAACAUGAUGGGCAAGCAGCUGCUGUUGAACGAAAAAGACGCUUGGGCUUUGAUUCAGGAUCGUCGGCUGGCUGUUCAGGGUUUGCGGUGUAUGGUUUCCGUGUUGGACUCGCUUGUGGACUGGUCAAAGGACGUUAGUGUAGUCAAUUCAUUACCCGAGGCAAUCGCAACUGAAGUCAAUACUGCUGUCGCCUCCGCUACUAAUGGACACAUUCGUGAUGCAUCAUCUUCAGAACUUGGGACCAUAUCUACCACGACUACUGCUGUAGCACCUUCUUCGCCCCAACAGGAGAAUAUUGGCGUCAAUUCUGACAGCGUUAAUGGAUCUCCUCUCUCACCAAAAUCAGAGCAGUCCUCAUCAACUCUGUACAACAAAAUGUCACAUCCUGUGAUUAUCUCCAAGAAUCCUUUGCUUGCUAUGUCAAUGCGCUCACAGCAAAGCAGCAACACAAAUAUGUCUUCCAUUUCUGUAAAUACGAUCGGGUCUGCAGAUCCCUUGGGCGAUGACCAUCCUGCUGAAUUUGAAGAGAUCAUGACAAGGAAACAGCUCUUCCUCAAGGGCGUUCGGCUCUUCAAUACCAAACCAUUGAAAGGAAUUGACUUCUUGCUAAAGCAAGGAUUUGUCCAAGAUGAUCAUCAGUCGAUUGUUAAUUACCUCAUGAACACACCUAGUUUGGAUAAGGCGGCCAUUGGAGAGUACAUUGGCGAUGGGGACGAAAAAGCCAUCAAAGUCAUGCGUGCAUUCGUCGACCGAUUAGAUUUCACUGGCGUAGGAUUUGUAGAUGCUCUACGCAUAUUCCUUCAAUCCUUCCGCCUUCCUGGAGAAGCUCAGAAAAUUGAUCGAAUAAUGGAGAAGUUUGCGAACCGUUACUGUGACACAAAUCCUAAGGUAUUUGCUCACGCUGACACCGCUUAUACCCUUGCAUUCUCGGUCAUCAUGCUCAACACAGAUCAGCACUCUGAUAGUGUCAAACGGAGAAUGGACGUGAAUGACUUUAUCAAGAAUAAUCGUGGCAUUGAUGAUAACAGCAACCUGCCGGAUGAGUAUCUGGCCGAGAUCUUCUACAACAUUUCCACGAACGAAAUUGUGCUUGAGGAGGAGCAGGCUAGAGAAGCAUCAAAGGCAAAUGCUGUCACCCCUGGAAAUAACAAGCAGCGCCAGGAACUCUAUGACAUGGCUAUUUCACAAAUGCAAAAGAAUGCGCGUGCCCUUUUGGCCAGCAACGAUGGCCGUGUUAAGAAUACAGCUGCUUGGAGGAAUGCGACCCAUGCUGAGCAUGUGAAGCCCAUGUUUGCCGUGGCCUGCUGGCCAGCCAUGGCUACUCUCAGUUUGGCGUUUGAGGAAGCGAUCGAUCCCAGUGCUUUUGCUGCUAAAGCCGAACCAAAGACACGUGAGUUUGCAGCCAUCAAUGCUGAGGCUAUCGACCUUUGCUUGCGUGGUAUGACCAACGCUAUCCGUAUCGCGAGCAUAUUCCAUAUGGAGGUUGAACGCGAUGCGUUUAUCUCGUCGCUGGCAAAACUAACUGGCAUGAACCAUGUGAGUGAAAUGCAACCUAAGAAUGUGCUGGCUAUCCGUACUCUUCUCAAGGUUGCUAAUACUAUGGGAGAGUAUCUUGAGAGUAACUGGAACUUGGUCCUCAAGACUAUCAGUGCAAUGGAGCAGCUGCAAUUGAUUCCACGAGGCGGGAGAGUUUCAACUGAGGGCUUUAAUGGAGUCGACUAUCAGCAUACACCAUCCAGCAACUCUCCUAACAAUUCAAAUACACCACAGAAUCCUCAGGCUUCAUCUAAACGCAAAGUCUCGCUGUCAGCUAUGAUGAAUGAGUUCCAAUCGCAAGAUACCAUCAUUGCUAUUGACAAGAUUUUCGCAAAUAGUAUCACGUUGAGUGGAGAGGCCAUUGUUCAUCUCUUCAAGUCGAUCUGUGCUGUUUCUCUGGAAGAAGUGGAAAGCUCGCGCAACGCACCUAGGAUGUACAUGUUGCAGCGAAUCGUUGAGAUUGCUGACUACAAUAUGGUGCGUAUCCGUUUUGAGUGGACCCAGAUUUGGCGCAUUCUUCAAUCUUACUUCAACGCUGUCGGCUGCAGUGCCAAUUCGACGGUGUCAACCUUUGCCAUCGAUUCACUUCGCCAACUUGCCAUGAAAUUUUUAGCUCGUGACGAGUUAGCUCACUUCAAUACUCAAAACGAACUGCUGAGACCAUUCGAGCAUAUCUACAAGAAUAACCCCUCGACUGCAAUCCAUGACUUGAUCAUCCAAAGCCUCCGCCAGAUGAUCACAGCUCGUGCGAGUAAUAUCCGCUCAGGAUGGAAGCCGAUGUUUGGAGUCUUUGGUAGGACUGCUACGCAUGGCAAUGGUGCACUAGUCGAAAAUGCUUUCAGCAUCGUACAAAUGAUUUAUGAUAAUAGCUUUGAGGUUAUCGAAACAAGUUUUGUGGACUAUGUCAACUGUUUGGUCGAAUUUUGUUUCAACUAUGAUGAAGAGGUUGUCAACAGUGCCAUGAUCUUGCUCAAAAAGUGUGCACGUGGGCUCUGGCUGGAGGCUAGGGCUGCUUCGGUUGCCAAGGAGGAUCAACCAGCACAGGAGAGGCACUUGGUUCUCAGUGAAGGUCAGUCCAAAGAGACUGUAGUCGAAGAAGAAGAUGAGGAUACGUUCUUCCUCAAGUGGUUCCCCAUUGUCUAUGGUCUGUCUCGAGUUGUGAUUGACUCUGAACUGCCAAAUGUUCGUUCAAGAGCUUUGGUGACUCUCUUUGAGAUUUUGAACGGAUCCGGCGAGAUUUUUGAAUCGCAGUAUUGGUCCAAGAUCUAUCGUGUUGUCUUGAUGCCCAUCUUUGAGGAUCUCAAAGAUCCCGAUUACAAGCGUCGAGACUUGACAACCACCAUUUGGAUCCAGGCUCUCCGACUGAUGAUCAACCUCUAUUCUCGCCAGUAUCACCAAGUAUUUUACGCUCAGACGGACUUUUUGAAAGGUCUAUUAGAACUAAUCACUCUGUUGGUCAGUAAGAAGAGCGAGAAUCUAGGGCAGAUGGGUAUCUUUUGUCUGAGCCAGCUAGUUACCAAGAACGGUCCCAUGUUUGAUGAGGAGCGUUGGGAGCUGGUGACUUCUACACUGGAAACCAUUUUUGAAAUGACAACUCCACAUGAAGUGAUGGUCCUUGACACUGGAAGCAUCACCACCCCUCAGGCCACAGAAAAUGGUGCCGUUGCUGAGGGCGCAUCUACCAAUGCAGUGGCACUCCCGAAAUUUGAUUUCCAGGAGACAGUGACCAAGUGCGCGAUCCAUCUUGUAGCCAUUACAUUUGUCAAGGAAAUGGCCUUGGUAGAUCUUUCUCUGUGGCCCUCAUCAUCGGCGCCAUAUGCUUCUCAUCAUGUUUCUGCCACUGCUGCUAGCCAGGCACAACAACAGCCUCAGUAUAACCAAUCCGGCCAAGGCGACCGUGAGCCAAUUGCUGGCUCCCACCCAUCGUCGUCUUCGGGUGCGCCACCAGGUUCAGAUCAGCAAACUGGAGCGCAAGCGCCGGCAGUUAAGCCUCGUUUCCUACACAACAUGCCCACAGGGCUGCGUCACCGUUGGUUAGAGUGCCUUCGCAAGUCUUAUCGAUUUGUGAGGGCAUUCAAUGACAAUUAUGAGCUUCGUCACUACUUGUACAAGUCGGGUCAGAUCCAGCAGAUGCCCAACAUGUUUAAGCAGGAGAAUUUGGCAUUAACGACUUAUGUCUCGGUCUUGUUUGACUUUUACCGCCAAUUCGGAGACGGUGAAGGCUAUGAUGCUGAAGAUGAGGUUCAAGCGGUGCUGGAGCCAUUGGUUCAAGAAUCUAAGCUGAUUGUAGCCAGGUACUUGGGCAUGCUCAGUGAACCUACGAAGUAUCCCAAGGAUGUGAUUGUGAACCAAUCACAACUCACAAUCAUGGUGUUGCGAGAGUUACAGAGGACGCCGAUCUGGUGGCCCAACGCAGCUGUAAUAUCUACUUCACAGGUGAAUGGGACCCAAACUCAGACGUUGUCAGUUGACUCCGAUAGGAUAAAGUAUCGAGGACUACGGAAGGAGUUACCUGACUACUUUCGACUGGCCAUCCGACUAGUAGGAGUAGAGCGAAUGGAUGUUCGGGUAGCGCUUCAGGAAUUUAUGGGCUGUGUUGGCGAAUUACUUGUCCUAGAAUAAAGAAAAUAGGUUUACGUGUG